GUUCUUAGUAAGUUUUGUCAUAAUCACUUAAGAUUUGGCUUGUUUAGUUCUGUUUUAUUUGAUCUCCAUUUAUCUGUUUUUAUCCAGCCCUACUGGAGAAUUUAAUCAAUGAAUAGUGAGUAACUAUGAGUAUAAUAACUUGAGAAGACUAUACACAUCAGAUGAGACUGAAAGAGGAUGAAAAAAAUGCUGCACGGAAAGCUAUAAAAAACAGGUUCAGGCAUUCAGUGCAUUAUUCAAUUAUUGUUUGUUCUUCCUCCUCUUCUUGUUCACCUUGAUGACAGGGUUAUUGCAAAGCCAAGUUUCUUUCAAUCCCAACAGUCCAACACUUUUGCUGAAGAGUUGUGUACAGCAAGAAGAGAAGCACAAUGACUGCCAGGAAGAUCAAGAUUUUGUACCUCUCAUCGGACGGUUCAGACCUAGUCAUGUUUUGCUACCUCUUGAUGAAAUCGAUGUUCCACUUUUUGUAACCAAUGAAUGCAAAUAUUCUUUUUUCGCCUUAAUUCUAUUAACACACACAAGCACCUACCCACUCAAUACACACAUUUGUAUGCACAUGUAUGUUCAAGUGACGUGAAGAUUAUAUAGCCCAUGUUAGAAAUUGCUUUACCUUUUAAUUCCUGCACAUAUUAAGAACGAUGUAAUUUUUGUCAUUGGACUAUGACAAAAUGGACUAAUGAUGACAUGAACAAUCUCUCUAUUUUUCACCGUUAAAUCCUUUGGAUUUGUCUAUGGACUCCAUUGCAUCUUCAAAUGAUUUCUGCAUUAUUAAUUAGAAAGAUAUCACAAAAAUGACUGAUGUGGGAAGAAACACGCGGUCGGAAUUAUCACCUUGAGAUAAUUUGAGAUCAUUUAUUCAUUUAUAUGUCAGCACCCACCAAAAUGGAAAACCUUCAACCUACCUGUGUUCACUUUUACUUGCUCAACUAUCAUUCUAUGUAAGUUUAAUUACUUGUUCUGGUUUCCAUUUUAUGAAACUACAUCAUAUUAAAGUAAGUAAAUAUCCUAACUUUCUCAACUUAUCUUCCUGCUUUUCCUACUUUUUAACACCUCAUACUUUUUUACUUUUUCUACAGUAUUUAUUACCACUAGCUUUAGUCUUAACUUAACUGAAAAUCAUACUGAAACCAAUAAAAGUGAUCAGGAGUAAUAACUUAGAACUAAUUGAAGUCAGAUAUCAAUAACAACAUACUCCAGAGUUGUGCAUCUUCCAUAGUGCCUUCCCACCGCUAUGGAUUCCCACAGAUGCACCUAACAAAAGCCUUUGCCAACAAAAGUAAUGAAUCAAUAUAGCUUCCUUACACAUAACAAAAUGACAUUUGCUUUAGUCAUUUUCUGAUUAAAUAACUCUAUACGUAUUUUACACCACUCGCAUGAAGGACAACAAAAUGCAAUGCAUAUUAACCAGUCAGCAUCUGACUCGUGUGGAUGAGUUCAAGAGUUCCCUAGGGGGGACAUUUACUUUUUUUCUAUUAAAUUGUAUUUGGGUUAAGAUGUUGGUCUAUAUUAAAAUGUCUGUCUAGAUUGAAUGAUAUUAUAUAUGAGGUCGUUGAUUUUGCGUGUGGAAUAAACAAUCUGAAUUGAGUAAAACAAUCAAUUUAAUAUUAUUGGGUUACAUUUUCAAAAAACAAAUUCAUUUAUUUACAUAAAUACUGCGGAGUAGUAUAUUCCAGUUUACUUUUAAGGAUCAUUAUAUUACAGCUAAAUGAUCCUUAAAAUUGUGAAGUGAAUAAUAAUACGAGAGUUGGCCUGGAUUAACUAAGAAUCAUGUGUUGUUUAUUUUACUAUUCUUAAUUGAUACGAAGUAUUUUGAUAGAUCUGUACAUCAAACCUUGUUUUGAAUUAACCAACAGUAGGGAAAAGAAGAGAAAAUGGUAAUGGUCAGUAUUGUAGGUUUGAUUUUGUCACUAACCUAUCAAGCCAGUUUCACUAAAGUAAUGAAACAGUAACUCUAAGGAGGAAACAAAUGAUCCAAACCAAUUGAAUGCACAAAUUAACCACAAGUAAAGAGACUAAACGCAGUAAGAACAAGAGAAACUAAUACCCAGCGAAUGAAAGGUUGAGAAGAAAACUCCGGGUAGUCAUGAAGCGAAAAAGCAUCUCCAACUUAAUGCCGGCUGAAGCAGGGCGGCUGUGGGUAUAACCGUCAUUAUAGCCGUAACCGCGCGGAUUUCGGUAAUUACCACCAUUCUGAUAUUGAUAAUAGCUGCUAUUAUGACGAUUGUUUCCGUAGGGGGGAGAAGGGUUAGAGGAGCGGAUGUUGUAAUCGGCGCGCUUGCGAUCGUCCAUUAGGGUGUCGUAGGCGUCGGAGAGCUGCUUGAAUUUGGAGGUGGCGCGUUCUCUCACGUCCGGAGGGGAGUUGACGUGCUUGUCUGGGUGGAAUUCUACUGCGAGCUUCCGGAAGGCUAGUUUGAUUGCUUCCUUGCUUGCCUGACGGCUCACCCCUAAUACCCUGUAGUGAUCCAUCUUCUCCUUGAUCUUUGCUUCCGGAGGGCUAGUUUGAUUUCUUCUUUUCAGUUCUUCUUCUUAGGUCCUUUUCUUUGUCGAUCGUCGAAGAAUCCUGAUCUGAAAAUGUGGCACUCGGCGGUGCCAUGGCGGUCCUGUAAUUUUGUCGUAUCCGUGGCGCUACUCCAGCCGCGCGCACAAAAAGAAGUUUUUUUGUGAUUCGAAAAUACUCUUUUACUUCG